CCGCAACCCACACUCGCACUUGGGCUAGCAGCAGCUCUUGAGUCCUGACGCGCAGGGAGAGACAGACAGAUAGAGGCGGCCGACGAGCGACGCGGAUCGGUAGCCAUUGCUCGGCGGCCGGGGCAGCCACGGCCACCAUCAUAGCUCCUGCCGGCUUCCUCCUGCCGUCCUGGCCCUGCUCCCGUUCCCCUUCCCGGCGCGCUCACCUGUGUCUGCGGCCUAGCCUAACCUAGCUUCUACAGCUACGAGAGAGAGAGAGAGAGAGAGUAGCAACCGAGAGCUGCGAGAGAGAGAGAGGUCAGAACGGAACAGAGGAGCUAGCUAGCAACUGUAGCUCUGCUGCGACUGGACCUUGCACACACCUGCAGCUUUGAAUGCGCAGGUCUCGGCCGUCCGGUCUCCCAAAGCACUCGAGCCCCCUUCCCUUGUCCCUUGCCGCCUUUUGGUCACCUCGGGCACCGCGAGCUAGGGCGCAGCACCUGUGCCUGUUCCUCUCCUGUUCACCGCUCCCUCUCUCUCUCUCUCUCUCUCUCUCUCUCUCUCUCUCUCUCGCAGGCCAGGCAGGGGGGGCAGCCGUUCCUUUCCUCCCCGCCGGUCGCCAUCCCCCUCUUCGCUCAUUUACUGCUCGCUACGACUCCUCGUGCGACCAUCUCCUGACCGUGAGCUUGAGGGACGCGGCGGCGAUCAUGGCGUGGCGUGGCCCGCUCGGAGCCGGAGACGCCGGGGACAGCGGCCUCGAGCUCAGCCUCGGCCUCCCGGCCUACUUCGCCAAGCCAUCAUCAGGUUUGGACGUCGCCGCCGGCGAGGAGUCCGGUGAGGCCUCUGCUUUCGCUCACCAGGCUGCCAAUGGGAGCAAUGGCUCCAAAGCAAGGGUCAGGCCAGCACCCGCGGCGCCGGUGGUUGGGUGGCCGCCGGUGCGGUCGUUCCGGAGGAACCUGGCCUCGUCCUCCUCCUCAAGGCCGUCGCCGCCGUCGUCGUCGGGUCACCACAAGGUUCAGGACGGCGGCGCGCACAAGGGCGGACUGUUCGUGAAGAUCAACAUGGACGGCGUGCCGAUCGGGCGGAAAGUGGACCUCACCGCGUACGGCGGCUACGCCGACCUCUCCGCCGCCGUCGGCAAGCUCUUCCGCGGCCUGCUCGCCGCUCAGAGGGACCCGGCCGCGACGGCGGGUGGCGAGGCGGCGGCGGAGGAGGAGGUGCAGGAGCCGGUGAUCGGCGGCGACUACACGCUGGUGUACGAGGACGACGAGGGAGACAGGGUCCUUGUCGGCGACGUCCCCUGGGAGAUGUUCGUGGCCACCGCCAAGAGGCUGCGCGUGCUCAAGAGCUCCGACGUGCCGGCAUCGUCGGUGAGUCCGCACCUGCCCUCACCGUCCGUUCCGGCGAGCGAAGCUUUCGCUCGGCAAGUGCACAUUUUUGCACCUGCGACUGCGAAACCGAUGAGUAAUUGACACGCAUGUCGUUGUCUCUCUUGUUUCGCAGCUGAGAGCAGGGGGCAGGAAGAGGGCUGCAGCCGAUUGCUGAAACUGUUCGGCAUCAUGUGCUUGUAAAAAGUCUCGAGUGGAGGAGACGACGAAAGGAGUGGCCAGGGCUCAGGCUGUGUCCCAGGCCUUUUUUUGCUGUCUUUCUGCUAGUAGUACUAGCUAGCAGUGUUGGGUGCCAGUAGUAAAGUAGGGAAGGAGUAUAUGGGAACAAAGUCAUGACGGUAUUAAUGUCAUGUAGUGCAAGAUUAGAAGUGGUAGUACCUCAUUAGUACUCUUGGGUGUUAAUGAAUCUAUGGUCUUUUGUUUUGGGAUAUAUUUUGACGUUUUAAAUUAAGCUGUAUACUAUGUAUGCACGCGUCAAAUUUCGGUGUGUUUGUGCUGAUCUCACACGAACGUGUUUCCGUGUGACCUUAUAAGCAAAAUUGCUAACUUGGCAGUGUCAUUAAAUGAAGGAGUUUUAUUA